CUCCUCCUCCCCUGCCCGGGGAGGAUCCCGCGCGAUCCAGCUUGGGGAGGCGGGGAAGCUGCCCGAGCGUGACCGCCGCUGCAGCCAGUGUACAGCCGCGGGCCGGAGGCGCGGUUCCUAGGCCUUAGAGCCCGGCGAGGCCCCUGGAGAAUCGGCGUUGCUCGCUGAGAACUGCGAGGCCCGCCCCUACGCGGCGCGGAGGGCGCGGAGGAUAUCCCUGGUGAUCUUAGAAGAGUCCGUAUCAUGGAAUCGAUCUCUAUGAUGGGAAGCCCCAAGAGCCUUAGCGAAACGUUUUUGCCUAAUGGCAUAAAUGGUAUCAAAGAUGCAAGGAAGGUCACCGUAGGUGUAAUUGGAAGUGGGGAUUUUGCUAAAUCCCUGACCAUUCGACUUAUUAGAUGUGGCUAUCAUGUGGUCAUAGGAAGCAGAAAUCCUAAGUUUGCUUCUGAAUUUUUUCCUCAUGUAGUAGAUGUUACUCACCAUGAAGAUGCUCUAAUAAAAACAAAUAUAAUAUUUGUUGCUAUACAUAGAGAACAUUACACCUCCCUGUGGGACCUGAGACAUCUGCUUGUGGGUAAAAUCCUGAUUGAUGUGAGCAAUAACAUGAGGAUAAACCAAUACCCAGAAUCCAAUGCAGAAUAUUUGGCUUCAUUAUUCCCAGACUCCUUGAUUGUGAAAGGAUUUAAUGUUAUCUCAGCUUGGGCACUUCAGUUAGGACCAAAGGAUGCCAGCCGACAAGUUUAUAUAUGCAGCAACAAUAUUCAAGCUCGACAACAGGUUAUUGAACUUGCCCGUCAGUUGAAUUUUAUUCCCAUUGACUUGGGAUCAUUAUCAUCAGCCAGGGAGAUUGAAAAUUUACCCCUGCGACUAUUUACUCUCUGGAGAGGGCCAGUGGUGGUAGCCAUAAGCCUGGCCACGUUUUUCUUUCUUUAUUCUUUUGUCAGAGAUGUGAUUCAUCCAUACAUUAGAAACCAGCAGAGUGACUUUUACAAGAUUCCUAUUGAAAUUGUGAAUAAAACCUUGCCCAUAGUUGCCAUUACUUUGCUGUCCCUGGUGUACCUGGCAGGUCUCCUAGCAGCUGCUUAUCAGCUUUAUUAUGGCACCAAGUAUAGGAGAUUUCCACCUUGGUUGGAGACCUGGUUACAGUGUAGAAAACAGCUGGGAUUACUAAGCUUUUUCUUCGCUUCAGUCCAUGUUGCCUACAGCCUCUGCUUACCAAUGAGGAGGUCAGAAAGAUACUUGUUUCUCAACAUGGCUUAUCAGCAGGUUCAUGCAAAUAUUGAAAACUCUUGGAACGAGGAAGAAGUUUGGAGAGUUGAAAUGUAUAUUUCCUUUGGUAUAAUGAGCCUUGGCUUACUUUCCCUCCUAGCGGUCACCUCCAUCCCUUCAGUGAGCAAUGCUUUAAACUGGAGGGAAUUCAGUUUCAUUCAGUCUACACUUGGCUAUGUUGCUCUGCUCAUAAGUACUUUCCAUGUUUUACUUUAUGGAUGGAAACGAGCUUUUGAAGAAGAGUACUACAGAUUUUAUACACCACCAAACUUUGUUCUUGCUCUUGUUUUGCCCUCAAUUGUAAUUCUGGGUAAGAUCAUUUUACUCCUUCCAUGUAUAAGCCGAAAGCUAAAGAGAAUUAAAAAAGGCUGGGAAAAGAGCCAAUUUCUAGAAGAAGGUAUUGGAGGAGCAGUUCCUCAUCUCUCACCAGAGAGGGUUACAGUAAUGUGAUGAUAAAUGGUGCUCCCUGAUGCCAUAUAAAGUUCUCCUCAUGCCAUUAUUUUUAUGACUUCCUUUAUCUUCAGUUGCAAGUGCACUGUCAAACUGCUAUGGGCUGAUACCUCUUCAGUGAAAUCUCAGCUGAAUUAGUGGUAGAAUUUUCUUCAAAUUUAUUUUCACUAAUGUCACAUUUUGCCAAUGUCAACUUAUUGUUGAAAUGUAGGUAUGUUUUGUUUUGUUUUGUACAAUCGUAAGGCUAUUGUUAUUUUAACAAACUUUAUUCCAUAAUCAGGCAGAAA